CUUCGCUGGGCCGUCGGAGGCGUGGAGAGCCGCAGCAGGGUGAGGAGCGGAUGCUGAUCCCGGCAGGAAAUGGCUCUGCGACUGUCCCUCCAGCAGGGCCGUUCUUUUGUCCCCGCUGGCGGGCAAACCAGGUCAGCUUUUCGGUGCAGUUCUUUGGGAAGUACUAACUAUAGUACAAAAGGAAAUACUGAACCUACCAAGCAACCACUUAAGAAGCCAGACACACCAGUCGGUCGUUUUGAUAAGCCAGACGAAUCAAGCCUAGAGAAGGAGCCACUAGAAAAAUUUCCAGGUGAUACCAAUCCAAUGACAAAAGAGAAGGGUGGUCCCAGAGGCCCCGAACCAACUCGUUAUGGAGACUGGGAACGAAAAGGACGCUGCAUUGAUUUUUAAAAAGCUGCUCUUCUGGGAGUGAAAUUUGGAUGAUGAUAAAACUGAUAGGGGGGGAAAAUCACACUUUACCCUCAUAAACCAAAAUCUCUGCAUUUAUCUGCAACAGAAUGUCAUAUUUGUAGCAUUUAACCACGUUCUCUGUGGAUAUGUGGUUAAAUAUAGUGAAAUUGCAUUUUAAUGGACUAAUGUUGGUAGGGGUUCUCCACUCUUGAGGAAAGUCUUUUGAAUUGGUAAAUAGGGCAUUGCAGAAUUUAUGUUAUUUUAUUUUAUUACGGUAAAAGUAAACUUCACUUUAUGGGUUUUCAGUAUUUGACAUUUUGAUGAAGUUCCAUGACGGUGAUAGGAAUUCGAUAGGAUUUCAUUACUGUUGCAAUAUUAAACAUACUUAUUGAAAAAAAUCUUGUUGAAUUUAUUUUUCUUAUUGAAUUUAUUUAAUUUUCAAAUAAGACUUCUAAGUUGGAUUUUAAUGUGACAAGAACAGUUCAUUAAUUGGAGUUUGCAGAAUAACUUCAGCCUUUGUUACUUAUAGACCAAAAUAAGGCAAAGCAAGUGAUUUCUAAUAUUCCUUGAUUUCUGUUUAAAGUAUUAUGAAGCAAGUAAUUUUUCCACAUGUAUGAACACAGUUUAAUCAUAUGAUGGAAGAAAUGGCUGCUGAACUUUUAACUGUAAAAUGUAUUGAAAUGACCACAUUAUUUAGGCCAUUUAUCAACAUUUAAACCAAAUACACUGAAUAAUCCCUAAUAAUUACAAGACAAUUGUUAACUAUUACCUAUCAUAUUUAUGUAUUUUUCUUUUUAGAAAGUUGAUAAACUGUGAAUUUGUUAUAAUUUUUUAUCCCAAUCUAUUUUUUAUUCAUUGUUCCUCUGAACUUAAUAAAUUGUUUAUCCAUAUCUUUAGAUGAAGUGGCAGUCUGGGUUAUGCUAUCAUUUAUUUGUCUGAUUCAGUGACUUUUAUUUAAAUAAAAGCUGCCUUAUAAAACCA